CAGGAACGGCAGCCCGGAGCUCGGAGGACGCGGGGCGCGCCGCGCCCGUGCCACGGACCGAGGAGUGCCCCUGCCUGGAGCCAGCUUGGAGGCAGGCCAGGGUCCCCCAGACCCCGGGAUGACUGCAGCCAGCCGGGCCAACCCCUAUAGCAUCGUGUCAUCAGAAGAGGACGGGCUGCACCUGGUCACCAUGUCAGGUGCCAAUGGCUUUGGCAACGGCAAGGUGCACACGCGGCGCAGGUGCCGCAACCGCUUCGUCAAGAAGAACGGCCAGUGCAACAUAGAAUUCGCCAACAUGGACGAGAAGUCGCAGCGCUACCUGGCCGACAUGUUCACCACCUGCGUGGACAUCCGCUGGCGCUACAUGCUCCUCAUCUUCUCGCUGGCCUUCCUAGCCUCCUGGCUGCUCUUCGGUGUCAUCUUCUGGGUCAUUGCUGUCGUCCACGGUGACCUGGAGCCAGCCGAGGGCCGCGGGCGCACCCCCUGCGUGCUGCAGGUUCACGGCUUCAUGGCAGCCUUUCUCUUCUCCAUCGAGACGCAGACCACCAUCGGCUACGGGCUGCGCUGCGUCACCGAGGAGUGUCCGGUGGCCGUCUUCAUGGUGGUGGCGCAGUCCAUCGUGGGCUGCAUCAUCGACUCCUUUAUGAUCGGUGCCAUCAUGGCUAAGAUGGCACGGCCCAAGAAGCGAGCGCAGACGCUGCUGUUCAGCCACAAUGCCGUGGUGGCGCUGCGUGAUGGCAAGCUGUGCCUCAUGUGGCGCGUGGGCAACCUGCGCAAGAGCCACAUUGUGGAGGCUCACGUGCGGGCCCAGCUCAUCAAGCCCAGGGUCACCGAGGAGGGCGAGUACAUCCCCCUGGACCAGAUCGACAUCGACGUGGGCUUUGAUAAGGGCCUGGACCGCAUCUUCCUGGUGUCGCCCAUCACCAUCCUGCACGAGAUCGACGAGGCCAGUCCACUGUUCGGUAUCAGCAGGCAGGACCUGGAGACAGAUGACUUUGAGAUUGUGGUCAUCCUGGAAGGUAUGGUGGAGGCCACGGCCAUGACCACACAGGCCCGUAGUUCCUACUUGGCUAAUGAGAUCCUAUGGGGCCAUCGGUUCGAGCCCGUGCUCUUUGAGGAGAAGAACCAGUACAAGAUCGACUACUCCCAUUUCCACAAGACCUAUGAGGUGCCCUCCACACCCCGCUGCAGCGCCAAGGACCUCGUGGAGAACAAGUUCCUCCUGCCCAGUGCCAAUUCCUUCUGCUACGAGAACGAGCUGGCUUUCCUUAGCCGCGAUGAGGAGGACGAGGUGGCUGUGGACCAGGACGGCCACAGUCGGGAUGGCCUCAGCCCCCAGCCCCGGCAUGACUUUGACAGGCUUCAGGCCAGCAGUGGCACCCUUGAACAGCGACCCUAUAGGCGAGAGUCGGAGAUCUGAGCACCCCUUGGCUUAGGUGCCGCGACACCCUGAACAGGGAGAGGCCCUGUGUUCCUGGGGGUGGGGAGGGCCCGUUUGAGCAAAGCCGGCCAGGUGCCGAGGGUCGCAGACUCAGUAGCGUUUAGUAGUUUUAUGUUUCUUCACAGUAGUUUCAGGAGGUUGGUGGGAGAGUGGGUGACCUUUGGUUUUAGAGGCUCGAGCAGAAGAGUGGCCUCCCGGUGGGGUUGAGGAAGGGCGGCCAAGCCACAGGAUGUCCCCGGGGCUCUGCUGAAGGCUUGCAGUGGCCCCGCUCAGCAGAGGACCUGGUAGUCCCUGCAGUCGAAGGCUAUGUAAUGCAUACCUCGCUAGUUUUUAACUGGAUGGGAAACACUGGAUUUUGACUUUCUCAACUUUAGCUUGGAUAUGACUGUUUACAAAACAAAAACAAACAAACAAAAAAAACAACAACAAAACACUGACACGUGAUUGGAAACAAUUUUUUUUUAAAUCGGGGAGGGGGGAGGGGACAAUUAGAAUUCUACUGAUCGGCCGCGGUGCGAGCAGCUGGAUCAAGGGCCCUGAAGGUUCUCGGAGGUCUGGUCUCUUCCCCCACGUGUGCUUAGGGGUGAAUGAGGCUGCUUGUGACCAUGUUAGUUAUCCUAAUAAAGCUCUUGGUGUGGCUGGGUGGGGGAGGGGUGGGGAUGAACCCACUUUGCUUGUUUUGAAUUUGACUUUGGACCCCGCAGCGGUGCAUCAGGGUUGGGCAUAGGACCUGCCCUCAAGGGUCACCCCUUCCCCACCAAUGCUCCUGUUUUGCCUCUCUCUCUCUCUUUCUCUCCAUUUUCUGCCCAAGACCUCCGCCCCCUUGCAGUGAGAGGCCGUUAGAAACACCGGAGUGGGUGCUCCUUGGGAAGAGACGCUGGUUCCCAUACUCAGAGGAAGUGGGUCAGCCCCACCCCCACUGGGCAUGAGUCGUGCCUUAGAGACUCCGGGUUGUCUGGCUCCAAUCGUCUGUUUGUGUUUUUUUAUUUGGUCAGGAGUGCGUGCGCACCCUUCCUUCGCGCUCCUGAUUCCAGUGUCGACGUCCCCUCCAGCCCCUCUGCCUGCCCUCAGAAGGCACAGAGGCUGCAGCCCACCUGCCUCACAGCCACAUCCCUUCCUGCCACUCCUCCCCGCACCCACCAAGAGCAGAACAGGGCAGACCAUCCUUGAGGCCCAGCCAGGCACCUUGCCGAAGAGAGUCUAGAACAGGAGAGGAAUUGUCACUUCCUCCUUCCUGUCCACAUGAUGGGUAAUGUCACAGCAGAAAGGAUUCCUGCUCAGCCUUCAGGAGCCUGUGGUGGGGCCCCUGCCUGGCCCCUGCUCCCUGAAGCUCUUGGCUGUGACGGCUUCUUCCACCAUCUAGAGUACCUGUGCAGGGGGCUCGGAGGUGGCCUUGCUCAUCUCUGUCCUGAAAGAUUCAACCCAGGGCAGCUUUCUUCCCGGGACCUGCUGCACAGGCCUCUGCUCCUCUAUCUGGUUCCACAGGAUUUUGCAGCAUUGGCCCUGGGGCCCGGAGGGUGCAUUCAGUGUGGGGGUGCUUGGCUCUCACCCACCCCUGUCCAGUUGCCAACUUGAGGGUUGGGGAGGGCCAAAUGUGGCCCAUGGCCACUGGGUGCCACUGUGGGGGCCUGAGCUUCUGUUGCUAUUUUUUAGGUUAGUGGGUCUGUACUCCUUGAAUCCAGAGCAGAGUCUAAGGACUCCUUGACCCCCCACCCCCACCCCGCAAGGCCUGUUCCAGGCCAUCUCAGUGGCCUGAUGCAUUUGGCUUUCUGGCCCAUCCUCCUCCUAGGCACAGGCCCACCAGAAGGGUCUAAUCUGUAGGACACUGCGGGAGAACAGGCCAAGCUGCCUUUAAUCUCACCAAAGGCAGACCAAUACUGCCUUUUCUAAUUCUCCUCUCCUCUUUUCUUCUGUAUGUGUCUGUUCAUUUAUUUAUUGCUUGUGCUAAAGACCAAACUAGUCCCCCCUCUUUAGUGCACCCAAUGGAGGAAGCUGUUGGGGGGAGCCAUGUGCCUGUGCCAAGCAGGAAAGCUUGGCCCCUGAGGAGUGAGUGAGAAGGGGACACUGGGGUGCUUGUGCACUUAACGCACAGAGUGUGCACACAGUUGUUUCCCUGACUUGAUAAUACACAUGUGUUUUGUACUGGUGUGUUAUACAGGCAAUCUGUCUACUCACAGGUGUGUGUGUCUUUACUGUGGGGCGGGAGGACUGGUUCAGUGUUCAUCAACUGGACAGGCCAGGCCAGAUGCUGGCCGUGGAUGUGGUCAGUUUAACCUGAGUCUCUGCCCUGGCCUGAUUAUAUAGGCUGUGCACUGGUGCAGGCUAGUGUGAGGAAUCUGACAGUGAGUAUUUGUCCAUGGGUGCAUGUGAAUGUGGGUGUGGGUCCUGGAGUGUGUGGCAUGAAUGAGUGCCAGUGGGACGGGUGCUGCACACAGCCUGUGAGAGCCACGCAGAACUUGGUGGGUGCCCCGAGCCCAUGCUGGUGCUGCUGAGCUGAGGGCCGGGAGCUGGGGGAACGUGAAGAAGGACCCAUCGUAGACCCCUUCUAUGGGUGUUUGCCCUGUGUGAGGUCAUAGAAUGUCAAAUCUAUUUUAAAUGGUGAAACCAGAGAAUUGUCGUGUUAUUUUCAAUACAUAGCCGUGUCUAAAGAUGGAGGCCAUGAUGAGACCAGACCACAUUAAAUGCAUUUUGAUCUCUUUGGCA